GUCUCGUCAGCCGCGAGGCCGCGAGCCCGCGAGCCCGCGAGCCCGCGAGCCCGCGAGGCGAGGCCCGGCCGGUGCCAGUUGUCGUGGUCCGCCAGCGUGCCGGCGGUGUCAGGUGGUCCGUAGUCCAGUCCACUCGAUAUAUCCAAGUAUACAUGUUCCCGGCACACUUCCAUCCUGCAUCUCCCACACCUGGCGCGAUGCCGCGCCCCAGCCUGCCGCUCGACACGGCGCUCUCGCCUGCAUCCUCCGCGCCGCCAUUGACGCCGGCGAGCACGCCGACGCCGACGUACUCGGCCCUUGCGCCGAAGGCGCCAGAUCUCCAAAGCCCAAAGACGAGUCCACGCAACGCACACUUCUACCCCGACCUCCUCUUCCACGGCUCAUCCCAUCUCCCCGCUCUCCCCCUCCCCCUCCCGGCCCCCGACCCCGCGCUCCGCAACACACCAACAGCAGAACUCGGGCCGUUCGAAUACCCCGUGCCCGUGCCCGUGCGCGCGGACCGCCCCGUCGCCGUCGCGGACACGCGCGCGCGCGCGCACGCGCCCCCCCUCUCGCGCAGCCUGCCGGAAGACGCGCCGAUCCGCGCGGCGGCAGCGGCGGGGCGGCACGCGCGCUCCCCGUCCGCAGGCAAGGCGCCGCCGCGGCUCGUGCCGAGCACGCCGCGGCGCGGGUCGACGAUCGCGUUCGCGCACGCGCCGCUGCCCGCGCCGAUCCCGCCGUCCCUCCUGCGCCGGCAGAGCGCGACGUCGCCGCAGGCCGCGCACGCCGCCCUGCCCGGCGCAGAGGAGCGGCGCGCGCCAGCGCCGGCGCCGGCGCGCCCGCGCCCGCGCCCGCCGCCACGCGAAAAGAGCUUGUCGCAGUAG